AUGUCGUCCCCUUCCACACCAUCCCCCUCAGGGACCACCGCCCGCAAAUCUGCCCUCUUGGCUUCAUAUGGUUACCCCUCUCAGCCAGGCAUGGUCAGGGCCGUCGCCGCUGCUGCCGCUGCCUCAUCCGACGGCACCGGUCCCAACUCCCCCGGCCCCCUCUCUGGCCGCAAAGGCUCCAUCUCCACCACACGCAGCAGCUAUCGCUACUCACAACUCUACUCUAUGGCCGCAGAACAGGAUGUCGAAGUCGAGGAUGACCUCGCCCGAGCCCAGAAGCGCCUGAGAGAGUUAAAGACAAAGAUCUCGUCCCAGUCAAAGAAGAACUUUGUGCUCGAACGCGAUGUCCGUUACCUCGACUCCCGCAUCGCCCUCUUGAUUCAGAACAGAAUGGCCAUUGCCGAGGCAAUCGCUGAACACUUGGAGGAAGCCGACUCCUCGGAUGGCUUGUUCCCUGAUGACCGCAAGCUGCAGUCAUACGGCAACCUCUUCUUCCUCCUCCAGACAGAGCCACGCCAUAUCGCCACCCUCUGUCGCCUCGUCUCCCUCACAGAGAUCGACACUCUUCUCCAGACCGUCAUGUUCACCCUCUACGGAAACCAAUACGAGUCGCGUGAAGAACAUCUUCUCCUCACUAUGUUCCAGUCGGUGCUCUCAGCCCAGUUCGAGACCGCCACAGAGUUUGGAUCAUUACUCCGCGCCAAUACACCCGUCUCUCGUAUGAUGACCACCUACACUCGUCGCGGACCCGGUCAGUCGUACUUGAAGACUGUCCUCUCAGAGAGGAUCAACAGUUUGAUUGAGCACAAGGAAUUGAACUUGGAAGUCAACCCUCUCAAGGUCUAUGAGCAGAUGAUCAACCAGGUUGAGGAGAACACAGGGUCAUUGCCCCCACAUCUUCCCCGCGGAGUUUCUGCAGAGACUGCUGCCGCCAACCCCGAUGUUCAGGCUAUCAUUGCGCCUCGUCUGAGCAUGGUCAUGGAGAUUGCCAACUCGUUCCUCGACACCAUUCUCGAGUCCCUCGACCAGGUCCCCUACGGUAUCCGAUGGAUUUGCAAGCAGAUUCGCAGUUUGACCAAGAGAAAGUACCCUGACGCCACGGACUUUUCCAUCUGCUCGUUGAUUGGAGGAUUCUUCUUCUUGCGCUUCAUCAACCCUGCUAUCGUCACUCCUCAGGCCUACAUGCUUGUCGAUGGUCUGCCAAGCAAGCACCCCAGGAGAACCCUCACUCUGAUUGCAAAGUUGCUGCAGAACUUGGCCAACAAGCCAUCUUACGCCAAGGAGGCCUACAUGAUGACUCUUAACCCCUUUGUCGAGAACAACAAGGCCAGGAUAAACAAGUUCCUCAACGAUCUUUGCGAGGUUGGCGAUUUCUACGAGAGCUUGGAGAUGGACCAAUAUAUGGCAUUGUCGAAGAAGGAAAUCAACUUGAACAUUACGAUGAACGAGUUGUUUAAUACCCACCAACUGUUGACUCAACACCGUGACGCCCUUGCACCUCAGGAGAAGCACCACUUGCGGAUGUGUCUCAACGAACUCGGUCCAGCUCCUCCUCAGGUUCCCCGCAAAGAGAACAAGACCAUCAUCUUGCCUCUAUUCAGUCGAUGGGAGACACCUAUUCAGGAUCUGCACUCAACUUUCCUGCAGGAGACCAACAUCACCCAGGCUGAUAUCAUGUACAUGGAGACAAAGUCGAUUCUCGUUCAACUGAUCCGUUCGAUCCCCGGUAUUGCUGACAAGCGGCCUCUGGACUUGAUGAAGAUUGCAGAAACCGCCGCGACGACAAAGGAUGCGAUCUUGGUCCGCAAGGGUAUCAAAGUCAAAGAGAUGCUGAUAGAGCUGGAGGCGCUGAACGUGGUUGAUGACCAUUUCACAUUCAUGACGGAGGAGGUGACAGAGGAAUUGAGGCACUUGGGCAACCUGAGAGAGAAGGUUAACGAGGAGGCGGCCAGUUUGGAGAGUGUCUACAAGACCAUUGGCGAUCAUAACAACUACUUGAGGAGUCAGCUGGAUUCAUACAAGGCCUACCUCCAGAACGUGCGCAUGCAGAGUGGUGGAGGAAACAGUCCUGGACAGGGCUCUGGUGUCGGUGUUGUCACAGUCGGAGGAAAGGAGGCCAAGAAGGGCAAGCAGCAGGUGCUUGGACCAUUCAAGUUUACGCACCAUCAACUCGAGAAGGACGGCGUCAUCGCCGAGAGCAACGUUCCCGAGAACAGGCGAAGCAAUAUUUUCUUCAACAUUACUUCACCUAUUCCAGGAACGUUUAUUAUUGCACUUCACUACAAGGGUCGCGAUAAGGCCAUCCUGGAGAUGGAUUUGAAGCUGGAUGAUCUUCUCGAGAAGCAACAAGAUCAGGUGCAGCUGUUGGAUCUGGAGUAUGUACACCUGAAUGUGAACAAGGUGUUGGCCUUGUUGACCAAGACCUUCAUCAAACGCUAA